AUGGAUGCUGCCUUCAAGGCCAAGUUCAAGGAGGUUUUGGACGGUGCAACUCAGAAAGGGCUUUUGAGUUCCAUGGAAGUCGCCUACGCGCUGCUCAAGGAGCAUGGCUACAUGUACCAUUUACAGGUGCAUUCCAAGCUCAUCGGGUGUCACGAAGGCAACCGUGACGGGUUCGGCGUCGACCCUGAGCACGUCCACAGCCUGGUGGAUCGCUUCCAUGACAUGGGCUUUGUGCCUUCUGCCGGAAGAUACAUGGCUGUUGAGAUCCCCAUGGGAGCUCAAGGUGACACCACUCGAGAGUUCAAUCAAAAGCUGGCAGCUUCAUCCAAGGAUCUGUUCCUUGCUUGCGAUAUUGCCAAGUUCAAGGAGGUUUUGGACGGUGCAACUCAGAAAGGGCUUUUGAGUUCCAUGGAAGUCGCCUACGCGCUGCUCAAGGAGCAUGGCUACAUGUACCAUUUACAGGUGCAUUCCAAGCUCAUCGGGUGUCACGAAGGCAACCGUGACGGGUUCGGCGUCGACCCUGAGCACGUCCACAGCCUGGUGGAUCGCUUCCAUGACAUGGGCUUUGUGCCUUCUGCCGGAAGAUACAUGGCUGUUGAGAUCCCCAUGGGAGCUCAAGGUGACACCACUCGAGAGUUCAAUCAAAAGCUGGCAGCUUCAUCCAAGGAUCUGCUGCCGCCUGUCAAUGACAUCUUGAAGUAUGCCUCGAUCAGCGGAAGCCACAGCAACAUGGUCCUUCGCUUGUGGUACUACAGCUGCAAGCACGGGGAUGGCCGUCUCAGCGUUGAUCAGUUACGUCAGCACGACCCUGUCUACGCGGCAAGCGUGGAGAAAGAGGUAGAGUGGGACGUUGUUUCUGCUGAGAUCGCCAACUGCUUUCCAAGCUUUGUUUCCCUUGCGCAGUCCGCACAGAACAGCAUCUGUCAAAUUAACCUUCAGGAGACGGAGCUUCAGCUGAGCAAAGGAAUCAAGGCUUUCGUUCGAAGUGAUGGCACAUGCGCCAAGUAUGAAGACAUCGCUCCAGUCAUCUUGAGGUCGCAGCCACCCAACCCGGGCGUAGUACCGCAUUUGAUGAAGUUUAUCAUGCGGUUUGGAUGCUCUGGAGACUUGAUGGAGCUCACAGAAAACUUUGUGAGAACAAACGGUUGCUCUGGCAGAUCGUUGGGCAUUGAGCUGUGGGAUUGCCUUUCGAUGGAAGUGAAGCACCGCGACCAGGAGCAACUCAUGCUCUGGCGCCAAGCGUGUUUGAAGACCAUGCUGUGCCACCAGGAGAAAUUGCUUUCCCUAAGUGAUCUCCGCAAAAGUUUGACUUCCAAAGACUUGUUCGCCAAGAUCCUGAAAUUCGAGUCCAUGCUGGUCAAGCUGAAGGCUCAUGGUGCAAAGUUCACGGACUUGACCUCAUACCAGCGGUUGCAAGGCCAUGGUGUCUUUGAAGUGAAAGCUGCGGUGCUGAUCUUAGGCAAGAAGCCGAAGGAACCUCACGCCCUCUUCUUGAAAGCUGAGACUUUAGAAGAUGCUGCGUUUCAAUGCCAUGAGUAUUGGCAGGGCUUGUCCAAAGUCACAGUUCCAUCUCCAUGGGCCCAGUCGCAGACCAUGGCCCCGGCGGGGUCUUCGGCCGCCAAAGCAUGCCCCAUGACCCGCCAGUUCGAUGAUUCUGGCAAGCUGAAGGGAACUGCAAAGAUUGAGGAAAAGUUCCAGCUUGGUGACAGGAUCUAUCGUGCCACAGACGAGCAAGAAGGAACAAUCAUUGCCAUGCAUCCGCUCCACGUCGAGUUGCAAGCAGAUGACGGUCACGUGUACAAGGUGACUGCAGAUGACUUGCUGCACGGACCAGAGUGGAAGAAACUGGCAGAGAAGAAGCCCAAGGUCCUGGUGGAGGAUCCUCAGAAGUGGCUCUUGGAGAUGGCUGUUGCCCGGGUCAAAGCCGAAGCGAUAGUGAAGCUUCUUGAAGAAGGUAAGAAGUUUCAUGGCUCUCAUGCGAAACUUGAGAUGUACUCCAAGCCCAAGGGUGUUUUCACUGUCUCAGCGUCGGCAAAGGGACAGCUUUGCCUGGCGCCUUUGACAAACCGGGUUGAAUUGCAGCUCGUUUCCGACAACAAGCCGCAGCCAACGGGUUCAAUUCUCAUGUGCGAAGACAAGGUCGAUGGGCAGAAGUGCAAGAUCUUCCUGCUGCCACCUUCAGGGUGUGUGGUGCCGUUUUGGAACGUUAGGAUCACUAGUGACAGUGAGGAGUCGAACAUGGAGAUCUCUAACAAACACAAGAUCCGGAUUGCCAUCAACACGCAGGCUCUAGAAGCCGGAGAUGAGUUGGUUCUGUUUAGGCAAAAGGAUGUAAAGCAGCCUAAGCCAUUGGAACUUGUUGCGGCUCCCAAAGCGCAGGGGCAUGCCAAGAAGAGGGCCAGGACAUCGUAG